UCCCCGAGCGCACACGGCGUAGAGGAGAGUACGGCGCACGAGUCUCUGGAAGGAAGAUAACGGUUUCUUUUUUUGCCCCCUCUCCACUCAAACAGCAAGAGCAAACCAAACCUGAAUUUUAGGGGGGUUUAUAGAGUCUUCUCGUCACAAGGAGGAGGGAAGCGAGGGAUUGGAGCCGCAAGUUUUUUUUUCUUUUUCGUUUUUUUUCUCUUUUCCCUAAAAGAGGAUUCUGUGUUUCGCGGUGGUUUGUUCUCCGCUCUCGCCGCAAAGAUGAUGGUCGGAGAGGUCGAAGUGAAGGAGCGACCGAGGCCGAGUCCCGACUAUUUGAUGCAAUUGUUAAACGAGAAGAAGCUCAUGACCAGUUUGCCAAAUCUCUGCGGCAUCUUCACACACCUGGAAAGGCUUCUCGAUGAAGAGAUCAACAGAGUGCGUAAAGACAUGUACAGCGACACAGUGAAUGGCCUUGUGGACAGACACCCUCUGGAGCUGCCUGAGCCUAUUGGACCCAUUGUCCACCUGCAGGAAAAACUGUUUGUGCCUGUCAAAGAGUACCCUGAUUAUAACUUCGUGGGGAGAAUUCUUGGCCCUCGGGGACUCACAGCCAAACAGUUGGAAGCAGAGACGGGAUGCAAAAUCAUGGUGCGAGGCAAGAGCUCCAUGAGAGACAAGAAGAAGGAGGAGCAGAACAGAGGGAAACCAAACUGGGAACACCUAAAUGAAGACCUUCAUGUCCUGAUCACAGUGGAAGAUUCACAGGCCAGAGCUGAGAUCAAGAUGAGGAGAGCAGUGGAGGAGGUCAAGAAGCUCCUCGUACCUGCUGCGGAGGGAGAAGACAAUUUGAAGAAGAUGCAGCUGAUGGAGCUAGCGAUUCUCAACGGGACAUAUAGAGACAACAACAUCAAAACACCCACCCUUGCAUUCUCUCUUGCAGCGGCAGCAGCAGCUGCUCAGGGCCCUCGUCUCAUAGCGGCCCCCACUGGUCAGGUGUUGCCUCCCCCGGCACUCCGGCCCCCAACGCCAGCUGGGGCCCCCAUCAUGAACCUCAUCCGGCCCACUCAGAUGGCUGCCAUGCUGCCCAAUGGCACCCCCACUUUGGUGCCUCCCACACCGGAUGGCGGGCUUAUCUACACCACCCCUUAUGAGUACCCUUACGCCCUGGCACCCACCUCCCUGCUGGAGUACCCCAUCGAGCACAGUGGGGUUCUAGGUAAGAGAGCCUGGGGAAGCAUGGGUGCAGCAGGUACAGCGGCCAGCUUUAGCCAGCCUGGACAGGAGGGCAGCUUGUUUUACCCCGGAGCUGGGGUGCUCGACGCGGCUUCCAUGAGCCACAGUCAGGACUUGUUGAAAGGUGCAAUGGCUACUAAAGUGAGACGGCAUGACACGCGGGUCCAUCCUUACCAAAGGAUUGUGACCGCUGACAGAGCCGCCACCGGCAACUAACACAUGACCUUCUGACCUCUGAACUCUUCACCCAAUGACGAGCCGCCCCAAGCCUGCCUGCUGAUCAGUUAACUGGUAAUUGCCUUUUGCUAGCCUCUCGGACGCAAGUGAGAGAGAGAGAGGCGCCUGCCCGUACAGUUACCCUAACACGUUCUGACAAAAAAUAGAAACCAACGCAGAAUCUUCACAGAAACACAACAAAACCCAACAAAGUUGUGUAAUAUUCAUUUUUUCCCUCUGUUCAUUGAGUUCAAUUCCCAUUCUUUCUCUUUCUUUUUCUUCAUGAAUCAUAUACUGGGUGGAUGUGUUUGUGGUAUUACUCAUAAAUCUGCACUGAAUUAUAUAGCAAUAAAGACCCCCACCCCAACCUGCCCACCCACCCUCCUGCAAUUGCUCUAAUUUGGUGACCUCACUUGUAUGAAUCAAAGUUCAAUAUCUAUUUGACGCAAACCAUUUGGUUUCAGAGUAAUGACAUAAAUGUCAAGCCCCUUCCUGCUCCCACCCUGUUCCAACCACCCGCCUACUGGGAGAGAAAAAGAAAUAGAAGGAAAGAGAACAUACACUCACAUUAACUUGUUUAAUUUCUGUCAUUUUUCACAUGUAGUGCAGUUGUUGAGCUCUAAGAUGUAAUUAUGAGCUGACACAUUCUGGGUGUGCACCUCCAAACAGCUUUCUGUCUGUUUUUAAAACGCAUGGCUGAAAUGAUUGCAAAAGGAGCUUUUUAUGAUUUAUGUGUUGUUGUUUUUUUUUUUCUUCUGUCUUGUUUUUUUUUUCUUAUACUUUUGAGUCAUUUCCUCCACUUGAUUUUGUUUUUUUCUGUUGUUCAUAUUUGACUAAUUAGCUUUGCUUAAAUUGACUAGCCAAAAUUGAGGCAGGUGGUUAUCUCUGGAAAACAAAACGCAAUCUGAUGUUUGAAGCAGGCUGCAGAAAGUAAGAAAUGAUGAAGGGCAAGAUGGGAAGGUCACUAUUUGGGAUGAUGGGUCUCCGUGUGUGUGUGUUUUUAAUUAAUACUACGAUGAAAGUAGGGUGUGCUGAGGCUUCGGGGAUAUUGGAGCAGUGCUUAUUAGCCACUGACCAUUGCUACGCCCCCAUCCACACUACAUCCAUUAUACAGUGCCUGAUGUAUUUAGAAAAAUAUCUUGAUGAGUUAGCUGAGCUGUGAUUGAAAAGACAAAAAAAAAAGUAUUAAGUGUGCAUAUUUAGCCAAAGGGUUUUCCAGUGAAUUAUAUAUCUGCAAUUAUGCAUCUGUCUCAUUGAGGGCUCUCUUUGUGAUUUUAGAGUUUGGAAAGGUGUGAAUUUGUGGUGCCUGCCUUCAGCUGGAACAGACAGCCAGUCAGUCAGUUAGAUGAUUUUUCAUCCAUUAAUACUCUAUUUUUUUCUGAGGAGGUGAAUGCAGACAGUUAACACUAAAUCAACAUGCUACUCAUUUACAGUACAUUGCUAGGGGGAAGGGCACUUUGAAGUUCUGUACAUAAAUGCUUUUGUCAUGUUACCUGGUUUGAGUUGUCUCAUCAGCCACAUUGCCAAAAGAGUGUUUCUUUUUCAUUUUUGCAUCUCAGCAUUUGGCCAAUUUUUUUUUUUUUUUUUUAAGUGUAUUUUUAUUUUUAACCUCAGUUAAAUUUUAGUUCAGACAUCAGGUGGGCAUAAUCUGAGCCUCCCUGCAAAUUAGAGAGCCUUUUUCUUUAAGUGAUGAAACAUUUCUUUUGAACACAUGACAAACCAUCCAAAAGCGCAUCCACAAUGUGUCACACCUCCCUGUGAUCGUAGUCUAGCUCCCGAGCCCACAAUCUUUUGUUUAACUCUCUCAAGAAAAAAUAGGAUGUGAAAGCCAUGCCUGCCUGUUCAAAUUGCUUUAUACAUACGUCUUAUAUAUAUAUAAAUAUAUAUAAAUAUAUAAAAAUGUAGAUAUCUGUCAUUGCAUAUACAAAUACAGAAGAGAACAAAACAUAGAUAAUUUUACAGGGUGCUGGAGAAGAGAAAAAAAUUGAAAAAUCUAUUUUUGGCAAUUUUAGCUUUUGAUACUUUACUUGCAGUUACAAAAUCAGAAAAAAUAAAAUAAAAAAAGUUUAAAACAGUAUGGGGGGGGGGGACUGAGUGGGUGAGGAAAAAGUGCUGUUACCUUGGAUAUGAUUGGAAAGGAAGACGAAGACCAAAACAGUCAUAACCCUUGAAAAGCUAGCGAGGAUCAGAAGCGAGACCGACGCCUAGAGAGUUUUAAAAGGAUUAAAUCAAAGUGCCUUAUGAACAGUGGUUUCUGUUUCCUGAGUAUUCCAGUUGUGUUCAAUAAUAUCCAGCACCCACCAAGAUGGCGCAGAGAGGGAAUGGCUAGUGUUCCGCGCUCUGAAUAGUCGAGCAGGGUAGCUCCCACCAUAUCGUGGUGUUACCGAAGUUAUUCUAUGCAAAAAGAAUAGCAGUCGUUUUGACCAGCUAAAAUAUGUGCCAUGGUUUUGUCUUCCUGAAAUUUCUUUUUUUCUUUUUCCUUGACUUGAUGGCCCUUUACUCUGCUGUAUGUGCAGGUUUUGUUCUCUUUUUAUUUAGAUUUUAAUGAUCAUAUGAAAUAUUGUCUUGAUUUAUGGUGACUGUGACUAACUUCCUAGAACAAAUUGAACUGCCAAUAGCAACGCAGUAGUCUGCCAGAACAUUUGAUCAUGAGCUGAGAAAAAUACAUAACAUACAAGGGAACUGAUAUGAAAAGGGGGAGGGGGGGCUGUUUCAACAGCUGCAAACUGAAAGCAUCCAGUCCACGUCUCUCGAUGUCAGUUUGACAACAAACUAUCAAUACAAUCAGGAGAUGUCUAAUGGACGAAUGAAAUGCUGGAUAAUGAAACAAGCGACUCUAUUUCACAGCCAAAUAGUUUUCAGUUAUUGAAACAACCGACAGUUUAUUGCUGGAAGGUGAAAUCAACUCAUAAUAUCAAAUUGAGGAAUUCUUAGAUCCCAAUAUUACUUGGCAGUUUGUUUUUUGUAUUCAUGGCUCUUUCAUCAUGCUGUUACACCGAAAGGUCAAUGAAUUUUUCUUUUUUCAGUGUUAUUAUUUUAAAUUGAAAUGCAAUAUUAAAGUGGAGCAAGAGAUGGCAAUUCAGCAUUUGACAGUAUUAAGAAAAUUCCCUCUGCAAUGUUACAACUUGCUGUGUCAUUGUGAACGGCUGGAUAAGUCCAUCAGGUGAAAGGUUAACUCUAUACCUACCGUAUUCUCUCUGGCCUGCCUACUACAUGUAUGAUAAUGUAAUUAACAGCCAUUGUUACAGGUUUAUAAUGUAUUUUUCUAAUCUCAUUUUAUAUGUAUAUUAAUCAUGUUUCUGAGUGCUUUUUUUUUUUUUAUGAAACCCACUGCAACUCCCCUCCCCCCUUCCCCCAAGCAGCCCUCUCUUCCUCCCCCCCUUCUCUUUUACAUCUUGAAAACUGUCUCUUGUGGGGAGUGUUGCCUUUUCCCUGUUAUAUUUUGUUUUGUUUUCUUGCCAAUUCCCAGCUUGUUUAACUCAUUAGCUACUUUAUUAGUUUUCUUGUCAUAAGUAUUUUUACAUGCUUGCAUUUAGUUUUCAUGGUGUAUGCUGUUAUUUUUCUUAUUAACCUCUUGGCAUUUAUUUUAAUAAAACAUUCUUAGUAAGAAUUUUA